AUGAAUAGUCUAUUGAAUAAAAUAAAGAUUGAUGUGGGAAAGAUUAAGCUUGAUGUGAGGUUCCUUGGAGAUCUUUUCGUCUUGGCGGGAGCUGGUCUCUCGAUGUACUACAUCGUGAACUCUUUACUCACAGACUACAUCGAUAGCUCUGUCAACAGUAAAGAGAAAGAUAAAGCAGGUAAGGGAAUUUUAAAGAGAAUACAAUGUCUGGACCCGUCUUUAAAAUCAAUAAGCUUAAAUUCGUACGAGAAAUCUCUAUUAAAUUCCCUAGUUAUGCCAGAAGAUAUUUCAAUAAAAUUUGAGGAUAUUGGCGGAUUACAGGACAUUAUAGAUGAGAUAAGAGAAGCCGUAAUUUUACCUCUUACGGAACCAGAUUUAUUUGCUUCACAUCUGCAUUUAAUAAGAUCACCUAAGGGGGUGCUAUUUUAUGGACCACCGGGCUGUGGUAAGACCAUGCUAGCUAAAGCGAUAGCAAGGGAAAGCGGGGCCUUUUUUUUACUGAUAAGAAUGUCUACUGUCAUGGACAAAUGGUAUGGAGAGUCCAAUAAAAUAACGGAUGCUAUUUUUUCCUUAGCUAACAAAUUGCAACCAUGCAUAAUAUUUAUUGAUGAAAUCGACUCAUUUUUGAGAGAUAGGUCAUCAAAUGACCAUGAAGUAAGUGCAAUGUUGAAAGCAGAGUUUAUGACUUUAUGGGAUGGCUUGAAAAGUAAUGGUCAGAUUAUGGUCAUGGGUGCUACAAAUAGAAAGGAUGAUAUCGAUGACGCUUUUCUUCGUAGAAUGCCGAAGAUGUUUUCGGUGGGAAAGCCCGAUGCAUCGCAACGUAGGUCUAUACUCACGAAAAUUUUAAAAGGAGCGAAACUAGAUUCCGAAGACUUCAGUAUAGAUGUCUUAGUAUCUAAUACUAAGGGUAUGAGUGGAUCAGAUCUUCGAGAAUUAUGCCGUGAAGCUGCAAUUCUUCCAGUAAGAGAAUAUAUACGAGAAAACUAUGAUUAUUCUUCGGGCACUUUAAGUAAAUCUACAAGUGAUGAUUUACCUGUGAGACCUUUGAGAACAUCAGAUUUUAUCAGACUGCAUUCUUAUAUUCCAACGCUUGAUUAG